ACUGUUGAUACAUCGCUGUUUGACAGGUCCAGCGCUAGCCGCUGACGUGUUUCAAGCAAUACAAAAACACGAACCCAUUUACCCUCACACAACAUAGUUCCAUAAAUUUAUCAGGCAAUGUGCGAAAUCGUGAUUUCGCCAACAAAAUAGCAUUACAAUCAUUUGGACUCCGAAUGAAAGUUGGCAACUACAAAAUAACAACUAUACCAACGGACACAGCCGCCAAUAGUGGGGAGUAGCGGCCACGGCAACAAUAAACGAAGUGGAAAGCCAGCCGCAUUAAACUGUAGCCGUGGCCACAUUCGACUGCAAACACGCAUUAAACACACACACAUUAAAAUUUCCAAUUCAUAUUGCCUAAGCCAGGGAGGACACAGGCAAAAAGAUGGCGCUACUGACGAUGAUUGCCCGGGUCAUAGAUGGUCUGCCACUGGUUGGCACCAUGCAGGACGAUGAGCAGAGCGGUCGCAGCAUCUUGGAUUAUCAAAAUCAAGCCAAAAUGUUAUUUCGCAAGCUGGGAACACACUCGCCAGCGCGGAGCAGCAUCGAAACAGGACCAUAUUUAUUUCACUAUCUUAUCGAGAACGAUGUUUGCUACUUGGUGAUGGUUGAUAAAAUGUAUUCGAAACGCUUGGCAUUCAACUAUCUGGAGGAUCUGGCGCAGGAGUUUCACACCAACUAUGGCCGGCGUGUCAAUUCGGUGACACGCCCAUACGCCUUCAUCGAGUUCGAUGUGUACAUACAAAAGGCGAAAAAGCAAUUGACAGACCGAAGACGAAACAUAAGCAACAUUAACACACAGCUACAGGACGUACAGCGCAUCAUGGUCCAAAACAUUGAUGAUGUACUGCAACGUGGCACAGUUUUGGCGGAGCUGGACACUAAAACGCAAAACCUGUCAAUGAUGUCGCAAAAGUAUAAGAAGGAUGCCAAAUUAUUAAAUCGCAAAUCGAUGUACGUGCAGGCGGCCGCCGUGGGCACCUUAUUUCUAGUGUUUAUACUAUAUUUUUGGGUUUUGUAAUAUAUGUACGUACGGUAGUUGCACUAGUUGUUAGUUGUCAAUAUGUAAUUGGCUCGAAAGCGGCACGCUUUAUCUUUCUCGUGUGACGUUGUAUUCGUUGCUUUCAACACGUCAUAGACAUUGUGAGCAGCGGAGCAACUGCGGCACCAACUGUGCUGCUCAUUUCAAAGGCCAAAAGACAUUUCAAUAUUUAAUAUAGUAAUUGUAUAACAGCAGCAGCAGCAACAACAGCCUAGAUAAUAAUAACCACUAAAUUGGGGGCAGAUUAUUUUGACAUGCUGCCCCGCUGCCCCGCUGCUUGCUUGAAUUUACCUUGCGUUGUGGGUUUAAAUUACAUUUUAUUUCCAAACAUACACAUGCGAACACGUUAAGCACACACACUCCCAAAGAGAGGCGAGAAGCAACUCCAUAAAACGGCGAUAAAACACGCAGUCCCCACUGACUACUGUUUAUGACAUUUGUUCAUAUCACAUCUAAUUGGCUUGCUUAACAUCAUGAAUGGAAUUAUCUUGCAGUUAUGGCAAAAUUAGUCUUAUUUGCUGUAUUUAUCUGUUUAUGGAGCCGGCCACAGGCAAAGCUAAGUUUUGUAAAUUAUCGUAAGCCCAAGCAAAUAUGUGUAUAAAUAGUUUGUAUAUGAUGCUAAUCAUCACUAUGACUAAUGAUGGAUAUCAAUAAAAUACUAUAUUAGGCAAUUUAAAACUAAUUAAUGAGCAAUUAACUCAAUCGAAAUGAGUUUACAAACCAAGAGUGGAGCCUUUAUAACUAUUAUUCCCCACUUCCAUUCC